CAGUAGUGUACCUAUUCAAACAUGCUAGCCAUCACACUCCCACACUCAGACCAAACUAGUCCAACCUCUCUUGAACAACUUGGCAUAUCAAAACAACACAGGAAUCAAUAUUCUCUGGAAUUAGGAGCACCAAUUUCUCUUACCAACAAGUCAAGCAAACCACCAACACUUGGGCAACCUCGACUUCAAAGGACCAAACCAAUUAUAUGGUGUGCUGCAGUGCUGUGUUUAAUAUUCAGCCUUGGACUUAUCUUCUUUGGAAUUGUAACAUUAAUCUUAUACCUUUCCAUCAAACCACGAAACCCCAUAUUUGACAUUCCCAAUGCAAGCCUCAAUGUUGUUUACUUUGACUCACCAGAGUACCUCAAUGGUGAAUUCACACUCCUUACAAAUUUUUCUAACCCCAAUAGGAAAAUUGACGUGAGGUUUGAGUCCUUGUAUAUUGAGCUUUUCUUCUCAGACAGGCGCAUAUCAUCACAGUCGAUCAAGCCUUUUACUCAGAAGCCAAGAGAAACCAGGUUGCAACCAGUGAACUUCAUAUCAAGCUUGGUGUUUUUGCCUCAAGAUGUUGGUGUGAAACUUCAAAGGCAGGUGCAGAGCAACAGGGUCAACUACAAUGCAAGGGGAACAUUUAAGGUGAGGUUUAAUAUGGGUCUUAUCCAUUUAUCUUACUGGUUGCAUAGCAUAUGCCAGAUAGAGAUGACUGGUCCUCCAACAGGUGUUCUAGUAGCCAAACAAUGCAUAACAAAGCGAUGAAGAGGCAGAGUAGAGUUCUUUGUGAUUUUUUUAUU